CCAGGGCCAGUAGUCUAGUCUAGCUUGUGCUUGUCAUUAUGAAGUUUCUUUUAUUUAUCUUCUCAAUUCAGGUGUCAUGCUUUAUUGUAAAUGUAUAAAAUUUUUACAUUAGCUAAUUUAGCUUGUACAACUGGGGAAAUAAGGUUGGUUAAUGGUGAUACUCCUAAUCAAGGACGUGUUGAGAUAUGCAUUAACAAAGUAUGGGGCACAGUUUGUGAUGACAGUUGGAAUUAUAAUAAUGCAAGAGUUGUGUGUAGACAAUUGGGAUACAGUACUGAUGGUGCCACAUAUUCCUCUGGUCUCAAUGGUUAUGGCCAGGGUACUGGUGCUAUAUUUUUAGAUGAGGUGCAAUGCUCUGGUAAUCAAUGUAGCCUGCUAGAUUGCCCACAAAAUCUAAUUGGGGAUCAUAACUGCGGUCAUUCAGAAGAUGUAGGAGUUUCAUGCUCUUCUUUACCUGAUACAUCUACAUGUCCUUCUACUUCUACAAUAAUAGCAUCCUCAACUAACUCAUUUUGUGAGCCUCCUUCUUCCUCACCUUGUAACUGUCCUUCAUUCCCUUCACCUUUUGAAUCAUCAUACCAGAGUAGUAGUGAGAUUAUUAGUACAUAUAAAGAAUGUCCUACUACUACUCCUCUUGCUUCAGUUGUAUUUACUAUCACAACUACACUUACCUUAUCAGUAACUGCCACUACUACUGAAGCAGGCACAAUAGCAAGUGCUGUUGAUAACUGUACAGCUUCAGUAACAUCAGCCAUCAUACUCCCAGUGCUACUACUGAUCAUAAUAGCAAUACUACUAAUGUCACUGACUCUCGUGUAUUACUACAAAAUAAGAAAAUCUGACAAUAAGAAUGAAAGCAAGUUAGAGAGAAAAGGGACGCUCUUGGAAGUGUCCAAUGCUUCAGUUUAUGGAGAUCUUAAACCUCCUGAUGGUAAUGAUGAUGGUAUGGUGUACAGUCCAAUGUACAAUUCUGCUAGCAUCGCUAAUUCAGUAGAAUCAGUACCAUUGGAUGCUAUAGGAUCAAACCGCUACCACACAUCAAACAAUAGAGUCACAGACAUACCUCAGUAUGAAAUGACAACUGCUGCUUAUGAGUAUGUGGAUAAUGAACCAGCCUAUGAUAGACCAAGCAAUGAUAAUAAAAACAGAUCAGUUAGUAAUCCUUAUGAGACCAUACCAGGAGAAGAAGAUGAAGUAACUUAUGAGUCACCAGAUGCUGGAGCAUUAAGAACAUAAGUACACAUAAAUACACAUUCACUCAUUUUUUAUAUUAAAAUUAUGUUUUAUGUUUACAUAUUCAUCAUGUGUUUAUGGAUUGAAGUU